UCCCCCUCUAAACUGUCCCAGUCUGGCGUACCAAAACAAAUCCUCCAUCCUUCCGUGCAAUGCGAUCCCACGCCGCCUUCCGGCUCUCUCAGGAAGUUUGUGGGAACCAGCCUGUGAUAGUGUUCAUAGAAAGACUAAAGUUUAUCCGGGGGUAACGUUACAGGUGUGAGGAAUGGUGUUCCGGUGCAAUUCAUGCAGGAUAUAACUUUGCAGCUAAAUAAAGAGCGACUCUUCGGUGGUGGAGCCGAGCGUUAACCCGCGAUCGACAGGACGCUGGCUCCGGUGUGUCCCGACAGACAGCAGCGAGGGUUGAGCUCAGACCCCAAACAGCUCACACACAGGUGGGAUACAGACGGCUGCUUGAAGGUGACGAAAAUAGUCUGGCUCCGCCUCCUCUACAUAUGAUAUGACAUCACUCUGCGGUUACCACAGAAACCAGGGCUCCACUGCAGACGGUUGACAGCCAAGCAGGUGGUGCGAUGGCUGCCCAGGUGGAGGUUGAUGCUGGGCGGCCAUGUGUGGUUGGAAGUCGUCUGCACCUUAGCCCUCUCAUAGACUCUAGCAACAAGAGCUUGAUGGAGAGUUCAGGUGGCACCCAGGGGCCACUUAUUUUUCCCUCUGAGCCUAAUAAACCUGCCCCGGGUCCCAAGCCUAGACUCACCCCAAAACCUUUCACUGUGGAAAGAAAUCCCACUAUACGGCCCAUUCUUGCUCCUAAACCACAACCAAAACCAAAACCUGAACCCAGUCGACCAGUUUCCUCCAAACCAGACCUGCCCAGCAAACCUAAACCACAGCCAGCCAGUAAACCCAGUGUACCAGCUGCCUUUAAAACGAAGCCCAGCGGGCAAACAAACAAACCUGUGGCCUUUAAACCAGCACCUACCAUCGCUUCUACAGAUUCCAGCAAAUUUAGAACAACCCAAACCGGGGAUGUGCUGAGAAGAACAAGCUUUGGAGCCUCACCAGCUCGACCCAAAACUGAUUUUCAGAGCUCCACUCCUGAUGCAGAAUGGCCUUUUGCUUCUCGGAAGAAACAGCCUGGCCGUUCAAUCACUCGUGCUAAAUCAUUGGGCUUUCUCUCAGAGAUCAGUCUGAAUAAUGAGGACAGUAAAGAGGAUUCUGGAGCCAAGGAGGAAUGUUCUUCUACUGUUCUUCGCCCCCAAUCUAAAGGUUCAAGACCCAGACCGGUUUCAGCUGCGUUCCUCCAAAACCCCACUAUGUCUGACUCUCAGGUUGUAUACCCUACCCCUGCUCCUCGUUGGACAAAAGGACGACCCCUUUCAUCUGAUCUUACCUCAAAGUUUGAGUCAAUUGGGCUGUCUCUAAACCAGCAACCUACCAAGGAGGACUGUAAAGAAAACACUCCUCAAAUGCCAGAGGAUGUUGGAGCUAAGACUCAAGAGAAAGAACACAGUGCUAUAAAGGCAGAAGGGUCAAAUAAGAUCCCUGUGCCUGAGAAAAGGACUCAAAAGAUUGAAUCAAAAGAUGAGGACUCUAAACCGGAGGAUACAGGAGGUAGCAGUAUAAAGAGACGCAUUAGUCUGCUUUUGGACUCUUCUUCCUCCUCCUUCUCAGUGGCACGUGUGGAUACUCCAGGGACUGAGCCUCGCUCACCAGGGCUGUCUGUCUCUGAUACUGAUGGAGCAGUGGGGGUGAAACAGCGAAUCAAAGAACUGACCGAAGAAGUGCCUACUACACUGUCACCACCCCACAAGCUACAAUAUAAGCCACGUACCCUAGUAUCUGACCGCACUAAAAGAUUUGAAGCAGAUCUUGAAAGCCAUAGUUCCUAUGAGCUCAAAGGCCCUCGGCAGGUUGAAGAAGAUCUCAACAAAAAGUUUGAUAACUCCACGAUUGAAUGGAAGUUCACCAAACCAGAGAACAGGAAAUCAUCAUCACUAGGUGUUCAAGACUUGCCUACCAACUCUGGUUCUGAUAGUGACAGAGUGCAAACAGUACGAGCCUCUAUGUUCGAGCAUGUGGUGGAAAGGCAUAAUGUUCAAAUGAUGGAGGAUAACAUUUCAAAAGACCCAAGAGCACAGCAGGAAAGCACAAUUAAACCCAUGCCCAGGCGAAACCACUCUUUGCGUAUUCAAGAUAACACCUUUAAAGCUCUUGAAGAUGAUGAUCCUGGUAGUUUGGUCAAAGCAACCUAUAGAGAACCAGUUUCUCCUUCCAGCCCUGUACGUGUGGAGCAUGUCUUUGACACUGUGGCUUUGUUUGGAGAGAACCAUGCUGUUAGUGAGGUUUUGCCAACUGCUUCCCUUGAGGACAGAGCUCAUACAUUGCGUUCUCGGCGAUCAGCUCCUCACAGUAAAGAGGACAGACCUACCUAUGAAAUAAAUAACCUGCUGAAGGAUGAAGCAGCCACUCCACGUUACCUCAGAGUAGGGGCAUUACAGAAAUGGACUGCCACAGAGGCAGACAGAGAGAUUGAAUCUCAGAUUAAGCAACAAAAAGAGAUGUUGAGAAAGAUGGAAGAAGAGAUACAGAGGCAGACAGAAUUGCACAUGGCUGCAGCAGCAGCAUUGGAGGAAGAGGAGGAAGACAGUGAAGCAGAAAGAAAGAAGCAGUUAGAAGCACAAAGAGUCAGAGAAAGGGAACGAGAGGAAGUUGCAGCACCCAAACGGCCUAAGAUGCUAGAAGCCGAAGAACAAAUGAACAAACCUAGAGCCACUUACUUUGCUCUGACUGGUCAGAUUCAAGAGCCUGUGCAUCAAGGUAAGAGAGUGGAAGAGGAAGCAAUCUUAGGGAGCUUUAAACGAGGGAUGAAGGAGGUUCCAUUUGAUGAUUUCACUGUUAGAUCAGGGCAGUGGGGUCCUCAGAAUCCAAUUGCUCCAUUUAGAAGAAAUCCUUCAUUGGAAGCUGCAAUGCAGAGAGAUUCGCAAGAGGAACUGCAUAAAAAUGACACUGGAUCAAGAACCGAUCAAAGAAUACAAGAAAGGGAACGACAAAAAGCAUUCAGCAAGGAAAUGGAAAUAGAGAGACUAAGACUAGUAGAGUUUGAAAAGGUGAUGGAAUUGGAAAGACAGCAACAAAUAAAGAAACAGAGAGAUUUAGAGAUUGAGAAACAAAAAAUUGAAAGGGAGAACAUUAGAGAAAUUGAGAUACAGAAAGAGAAAGAGAGACAAAAGGAGUUGGAAAGCCAAAGAGAACAAGAGAGGGAGAAAAAGAGGGAGUUGGAAAGACAAAGGGAAAUUGAACUCCAGAAACGAGAAAAGGAGCGACAGAAACAAAUUGAAUAUGAGCGAAUGAAGGCUGCAGAAAGAGAACUAGAGCAGCAGAGAGAGUUUGAGAGGCAGCGACAGAAAGAGUUUGAACUAGAGAAAGAGAGAAUGCUUGACCAAGAGAGGCUUAGGCUUAGAGAAUUUGAAAAAUGGAAGGAAAUAGAGAGAGAAAGAAAGAGACAGCUGGAGUUGGACAGACAACGGGAAAUUGAAAAACAAAAGCAGAGAGAAGUUGAAAAACAAAGAGAGAUGGAGAGGAUAAAGGAGUUAGAGAGACAGCGAGAAUUGGAGAGACAACAAGAGUUUGAGAAACAGAAAGAGCAAGAGAGGGAAAGACAGAGACAGUGGGAAAGGCAAGGAGAACUGGAAAGGCAAAGAGAACUUGAGAGGCAACAAGAGUUGGAGAGACAACUGGAGAUUGAAAGACAGAGGGAGACUGAAAGGCAGAAAGAAUUUGAAAGACAGAAACAGAAAGAGCUGGAGAUUGAGAAAUGGAAGCGACAAAAAGCAGAGGAGAGGGAGACCAGGAAAGAGCUAGAAGAACUUGAGAGGAUCAAGGAGCUUGAGAGACAACAGCUUCUUGAUUUUGAGUUGCAUAGACAGCGGGAAAAGCAACUCCAGCAAGCGAAACAGAGGUCAAAAAAAGAGCGAGAAGGCAGACAAAAGCUGUCUGAAGAGCAGAGAGCAUCAGAAAGGCAUCAGAUGGAGACAGAGCAAGAGAAGGCUAUACCUACAUCUCCGCUUUGGCCAAAAGUUCUAGAUCUCGAUACAGUGUCUCUUGGUUUUAGGACUGGUCGAGACAGCCAUGAGAAUAGCCCCACAGCCCGAUGGAAGCAGCCCUCCCUUCAUCCUAAUGAACUUUACAAACCUGGCAUCUUAGAUAUUGAUUCAUUCAGGAGUCAAACCCAACCUGAUACCUUCUCUUCAAAUGGAUAUAGAGGUUUAGAGUCAGGAAGUGUUGGUAAAGUGAUUCAAGCUCGUCCACAGGCCACACAACCAAAUGUUCUCCAACCCCAAACAGCAUCUCAAGUUCAGUCUCCUCCUCAGUCCCAGUUUCACUCUCAGUCCCAGGCUUUCUUCCAGCCGUCUCCAGCAGAACGUUUGUUAACUCAACUCCCGCCACCUCUACAACCUCAAAUUCUGCAUCAGUCCCAGUCUCAUUCACUGCCAUUUGCUGCAGAAAGACCUAGGCCACAAACACACUCAUUGAUUGAGACUUCAGAUUGGCCCUUUGGUGCUCAGCAUCCACAUAAUUCUUGGGGACAUACUAAAGCAGAGUUGGCUGUAGAUGAGCCUCUUUGGGUAUCAGCCAUGGAAGGAUCCAGAAGACCAGUUAGCACCAGACCUGGUGGCCCUGAGCAGCAACUCUUGCAUCAUGAGGAUAGAGGUUCAAUUAACAUUUUGACACACAGUUCAGCCUCUUCCAUGAGUCCAAUCUUCACUCUUGUACUGCAUCCCAAUAUUGCACCACCCAUGGUUCCAAUUCAAACUCCUGUGCCGACUGCACAACCAGGUCUUGGACCAAUUCAAACUCCAAUGCUGACUGCACAACCAGGUCUUGGACCAAUUCAAACCCCUAUGCUGACUGCACAACAAGGCCUUGGACCAGUUCAAACUCCUAUGCUGUCUGCACAACAAAGCCUUGGACCAGUUCAAAUUCCUUUGCUGACUGCACAGCCAGGUCUUGGACCAAUUCAAACUCCUAUGCUGACUGCACAACCAGGUCUUGGACCAAUUCAAACUCCUAUGCUGACUGCACAACCAGGUCUUGGACCAAUUCAAACUCCUAUGCUUACUGCACAACCAGGUCUUGGACCAAUUCAAACUCCUAUGCUGUCUGCACAACCAUGUCUUGGUACAAUUCAAACUCAUUUUUCGACUACACAAAUUUGUCUUCGUCCCUCUGUAGCACCUAUACUGACCCCAGAGAGAUGCUGGACCUCAGAACCUUUGGAUAUGAGGUCAAAUGGAACUUUGGUUCAUCGUCCCACAAAGCAAUUAGCUAAGAAAGAGACUUUAGUACCCACUGGUCAGGUUGUAACCUUCUCUGUCACUGAUCCUAUAUGGACUCCAAACUGGGAGCUGGCAUCCCAGGGACAGAGAGAGAAUCGUGCCUCGCACAGUGACAAAGUACAACAGAAACGUUCAAGGAGUAUGUGUCGAAGAUCUGCCCCCAUGGAAAGUUCUGCUGAUGGUCCGCUUACCCAAAUCAGAACUCGCAGAAGUCGCAGUGCACACAAAGAAAGAAGUGGAGAGACCUCAGAGCUGGUAAGGCAGUGUGGUAGUGGAUCAGAGGAGAAUAAAGAUCUGGUGCAGGAGACCGACAGUCAGUAUGGCACAUGGGAGACAGGACUUCGCACAGAUGACAGCCUCACUCCAGCUACACCUUCAUCUGAUGACAACCUCACCCCAUCUCCACGGAAGCCCACCCCACUCCACGUGGCCGAACAGCCCCUUCUCUUUGACACACCAGAUUACCUGACCGCGUCUCCUCAAAAGCAGACAGAGCUCCCAUUCCCAGAGACCCCUACAACACUGUUAGACUCUAGUGCACUUCGUGCCAGGGUCAAUCUGAACAAGAAGAGCACUCGCAGAGCCCCGCCCUCUCGAGCCGCCCGUCACAGUGCCCUCUUAUCACAAGUACCCGAGGGAACCGGAGCAGAUGAUGAAUGGCGCUAUAAGGACUCAACAGAGGAGAAGCAGGGUGAGGAGUCAGACUCUGAGGAGCAGGCCAAGGGAAUUGAAUCCCGAACUUCCUCCAUGUCUCAGCCUCAGAGAGUGGCGCUCUUCCCUGGCAUGGACCCAUCUGCUCUCAAGACUCAGCUAAAGAAGAGAGGAGAGUCAGAGAAUCAGACAGAUGGCCCUUCACCCUCUCAGCUCUCACGCUCACCCAAAUCUCCGUUCUUGCCCCGAGCCGCCCGUGUGCUGCCUCCUGCCGGCGGCAAAGAGAAUGGAGAAGAGUCCUCACCUCAGUGGCUGAAAGAACUAAAGACUAAAAAACGUUUGAGUCAGUAUGAAAACGACAGUAAACCCUGAACAAGCAAGAUGCCUUAUAACUGCAGUAUCUGUAGCUGGAACUUGUGACAGAAGCCUUAACCUUUGACCUGGAGUUGACGGGAAGUCUGCUGCUGCUCACUACAACAUCAUUCUGUUUCGUUGGUUUUUCUGGCCUUCCUCGUGAACAUGUGCAUGGUGCCUUUCUAAAAGAUUUCUGACUGACUUAAAGGGCGAAGCAGAGAUCUGUGUGUGAAGUGUGUGUCCAUCUAUGCGUUGUCAAGUUUCUCGUCAGCUCUUCAUCAUACGAGAUAAUUAUUUUUGCAUAGAGCUACUUUAACCUCUAGUGAGCGAGAGAUCAUCUUUUAUAGUGGAACUGUGGGUCCACAUGCACCACAGAGUAACCUGAAGUGCUUCAUGUAACUGGAGUAUGAUGUUGGUUUCGUUUUACCAUUGUAUGUUCAUAUUAGUACAGCUUCCAUGCUCUUUUUUUUUUUGUUUGUUUGUCAUAUUUUCAUUAUUUUUGUUCAGUUGAUGGUUAUAUGCAUCAGUUGCACAUGCAUUUCCAUAGACGAUCACAUUUUUAUUUCUAAACUUUAAUAGUCGACAAAAUCUCUGUAUAGAAAGUGUAUUUAGUUAUGAUGAAAUGUCAAUCACAGAAUGUUAUAUUUGUAUUAAUGUUGGUUUGAAAGGAAAAUGGUAAAUUUUUAAUGAUCAAAAAUGGAGUUCAAAUUCAUUUAAGAACAGCGGUCCUGUAUGUGUGUUGAUGUGCGUGUGGGAACCUGUUUGGAUGGGCCGCUGAAUCAAUUUAGCUCAUCAUUUGUUUGCACAUCAUCACUCUUAAUAACUCAUUUAUUUUUAAAAAUAUUUGUCUGCUGCCUCAGUUUGUCUAGCUUUCACCAGUCCAUCAUAUCCUCCAUCAUGUUUGAAUCCAUAAUAAUAUCAUGAUUGGAAAUAUUGCGCAUGUACAAUCAGUCAUUCCACUUCUCCGCUCUCCUUUUUAUCCCAAUACUUUACUUGCUUAAACAACGGGCCAAAAAUGGUGAUGGGAAAUUGCACAUUCAGCAUAUAAAUCAGUUUUUCUUUCCUUAUAAGAUAAUGAAUUAAUACAGAAGGGAAAUGUUUCAUUUGUGUCCCUCACUCUUGGUUACACACAUCUUGAGUUCUUCUCUUUUGUUUACUAGUUUGCUAAGGGAAAUUUGAAAUGUCAAAGUACUGUAAACAUUGUUCACAUUACAUUGCACACCUGUUGUUACCGUAUUUAAAAAAAGAAACGUUGGGCCAUUGUGCCACUCCCACCUAACAAGCACUUUUCACCUGUUAAUGAUCAGCGGUUCUGACCAGUAGUCACUUUUGUAAUGCAUGUGUCUUCACACGUGAUGUCAAUGUUGUGAUGUUGGUAUGCUGACGGUAUGUGAGUAAUGUGUCCUAUAGUUUUUUUUUUUUUUUUUUUAUAUAUAUAUAUAUAUAUUAUCAGCUCCUUUUUCAUUGUCUGCCUACAGUUGUUAUAGUCUGUUUAAGGGUAAUUUGUCCUUUUUAUUUUAAAUUUUACUGUAAAUAUGUUUAUUGCACUGUUGUAAUGCCAGUGUCCAAUACUGUAAAUUCAUAAUAAAAUAGACUAAACAUUUAUUUUAAA